AUGCGCAAUGCCGAACCCAAAUUUAACGGGGAUGCAAAUCCCGCCAACAUUCCGUAUUGGAGGAUUACCGAAGGGGGAAAAAAAUCACAAAAAACCAAACGAACAAAAAAAAGAGAAAGAGAGAGAAAGAGUAGAACAAAACAAAAGACUACACGCCCGUAUAUAUCUAUAUAUCUAUAUAUACAUCCGUGCAUUUAUAUAUAUCUAUAUACUUUUAUAUUUUUAAAAAAAAACACAUUACACAAUUAA